AGGGCCCGGGGGCAAAGGGCGGGUGGGCGGGCGCCGCAGGACAUCAGCCGGCCUGACCCGGGCGGGGGGUCUUCAACCCCGGGAUGGUCGCGGUGUCCGUCUGCCAGUCUCCGAGCCUGGUCCCGCCCUUCUCGGUGGGGCCGGACUCCUGAUACCCAUCUGGGUGAGCCCCGUCCUGACAGCCAGAGGGACCGGCUGUGCCAGAGGCCAGGGAACAACUGUGGGCGGGGCAGGGGAGCCAGAAGAGAGCGAGGACAGCAGCGGGGAGUUUCCCGGGGACCGAGAGACCAGAGCGAGCCCCCCGGCCCCGCGCCGCCCCCCGCCGCUCCCCGCUCGCCGCAGCCGCCGGGCGGCCCCCGCGACAUGGCCGUGUACCGCGUGUGUGUGGCCACCGGGUCCUACUUGAAGGCCGGCACACUGGACAACAUCUCUGUCACGCUGGUGGGCACGUGUGGUGAGAGUCCCAAGCAAGCGCUGGAUCGCUUGGGCCGGGACUUCGCCCCGGGAUCGGUGCAGAAAUACAAGGUGCGCUGCUCUGAGGAGCUGGGGGAGAUCUUGCUGCUGCGUCUGCACAAGGAGCGAUUUGCUUUCUUCCCGAAGGACUCCUGGUAUUGCAGCUGCAUCUGUGUCACUGCCCCUGAUGGGACCCAUUCUUGCUUCCCCUGCUAUCAGUGGAUUGAAGGCUUCUGCACAGUAGAGCUAAGACCGGGAACAGCAAGAACUAUUUGUCAGGACUCUCUUCCCCUCCUCCUGGAUCAUCGGAAACGGGAACUCCAGGCCCGACAGGAUUGUUACCGCUGGAAAGUCUAUGCUCCUGGUUUCCCCCUCAUGGUAGAUGUCAGCAGUUUUGCAGAGAUGGAGUCAGACAAGAAAUUUGCCUUGACCAAAACAACACCCUGUGCCGAGCAGGAUGACAGCAGUGGGAAUAGGAGACUUCCUGGUUUCCCCAUGAAAAUUGACAUCCCAUCCCUGCUGCAUAUGGAGCCCAAUAUUCGUUACUCUGCCACCAAGACGGCCUCGCUGCUCUUCAAUGCCAUUCCUGCGUCAUUAGGCAUGAAGAUUCGAGGCCUGCUGGACCGAAAGGGCUCUUGGAAGAAGUUGGAAGACAUGAGAAAUAUUUUCUGGUGCCACAAGACCUUCACUUUACAGUAUGUCACAGAGCACUGGUGUGAGGACCGUUUCUUCGGAUACCAGUACCUGAAUGGUGUCAAUCCUGUCAUGAUCCGUUGCAUUUCCAGCUUACCCAGCAAGCUUCCUGUGACCAAUGACAUGGUAUCCCCUAUGCUGGGACAGAAUACCUGCCUGCAGACAGAGCUAGAGAGGGGGAACAUCUUUCUGGCUGACUACUGGAUCCUGGCGGAGGCGCCUGUCCACUGCCUCAACGGCCGCCAGCAGUAUGUGGCCGCCCCGCUCUGCCUGCUGUGGCUCAAUCCCCAGGGGGCGCUAGUGCCCUUGGCGAUCCAGCUGAGUCAGACCCCCGGGCCUGAUUGCCCCAUCUUUCUGCCCACCGACUCCGAGUGGGACUGGCUGCUGGCCAAGACGUGGGUGCGAAACUCGGAGUUCCUGGUGCAUGAGAACAACACGCACUUUCUGUGCACUCACCUGCUGUGCGAAGCCUUCGCCAUGGCCACGCUGCGGCAGCUGCCGCUCUGCCACCCCGUCUACAAGCUCCUGCUUCCGCACACGCGCUACACGCUGCAGGUGAACACCAUCGCUCGGGCCACGCUGCUCAACCCCGAGGGCCUUGUGGACCAGGUCACAUCCAUCGGUAGGCAAGGCCUCCUCUACCUCAUGAGCACCGGUCUGGCCCACUUCACCUACACAGAUUUCUGCCUUCCGGACAGCCUGCGGGCCCGUGGUGUUCUGAGUAUCCCCAACUUCUACUACAGAGAUGACGGCCUGAAGAUCUGGGCCGCCAUUGAGAGUUUUGUCUCAGAAAUUGUGGGCUACUAUUAUCCAAGUGAUGCAUCUGUGCAGCAAGAUUCAGAACUGCAGGCCUGGGUUGCAGAGAUUUUCACUCAGGCGUUCCUGGGCCGGGAAAACUCAGGAUUCCCAUGCAAACUGUGCACCCCCAGAGAGCUGGUGAAGUUCCUUACUGCAAUCAUCUUUAACUGCUCUGCCCAACAUGCCGCUGUCAACAGUGGACAGCAUGAUUUUGGGGCCUGGAUGCCUAAUGCCCCAUCAUCUAUGAGGCAGCCCCCACUCCAGACAAAGGGGACCACCACCCUGAAGACUUACCUAGAAACUCUCCCAGAAGUGAAUGUCACCUGUAACAACCUUCUCCUCUUCUGGUUGGUCAGUCAGGAGCCCAAGGACCAGAGACCCCUUGGCACCUACCCUGAUGAGCACUUCACUGAGGAGGCCCCACGCCGGAGCAUUGCAGCCUUCCAGAACUGUCUGGCCCAGAUCUCCCAAGACAUCCAGGAGCGAAACCAGAGCUUGGAGCUGCCCUACAUCUACCUGGACCCACCUCUCAUAGAAAACAGUGUCUCCAUCUAGCUCCUUCAGCCACCCUGGAAGAAAGAAAGGCACAUGUAUGAGACAGGCCAAGUUCUCAGGGUCCUCCAGGCCCUUCUGUAUUUUAUGUUCUCAGUCAACCUGAACCUUCUCCUCUGAACACUUUUUCACCUAAGGUGACUCUAGUAGCAUCGUAUGAACUGGACCUAGAACUGUGAGGGACAGAGCAGUGUCCAGGAUGAGAAGUUUCUGGCUAAAGAUGAAUACACAACAAGCCCCUCCAAAAGGAAGGAACCCUCUCACUCCUUGCCCUGCUCUGGGCAGGGUCCUACUCCCAUCUCUUGGGAAAAUCUACCUCUUCCUAUUGGGAUCCCCAGCUUGGGACUCUACAUUCUCCUUUCUAGGUCUCCCCAUCCCCAAAAUCUUUCUCUUAUUUUGACUUUUUGUUUUCACUGUCUUCCUAAUUUGGGUCCAAGAAAAAAAUCUUGCUCCUUUCCUGGAAGAAUCUGGAAAUCAGGCAGGAGAAGAUGUUUGCUCAGACUCUGCUGCCACCUGGUCCUUUUUGAUUCCAGUGUCUUUAGGAGGGGAUUAGAAUUAGGGCCCAGUUUAUGUGAAGUUAAAGCUGCAGUUCUUAGUUCUAGACUUCCUGGUCCAGUAUGUAUAUUUGUAGGGUGUGUCUUUUCCCAAUUCUUUCCCAAUUCCCAAUCCUAUUCCUCUUCCUUACCCUUAAGCAUAGCAAGUUCAAUAAACACAAACAGAUUUGACUUCAUUUAAAUU